UGCCCCCCAGCGUGCCCCGCGGCCGCGCGUGCGCGUUUCGGCCGCGUUCCCGGCCAUGGAGCUCUAAAGCCCCACUGGCGCCAGCAUGUUCGGCCGCUCCCGCAGCUGGGUAGGCGGUGGGCACGGGAAAGCCGCCCGCAGCAUUCACUCCUUGGACCACCUCAAGUACAUGUAUCAUGUUUUGACUAAAAAUACUACAGUAACAGAUCACAACCGCAACCUGCUGGUCGAGACUAUUCGUUCUAUAACAGAGAUACUUAUAUGGGGAGAUCAGAAUGACAGCUCAGUGUUUGACUUUUUCUUGGAGAAGAAUAUGUUUGUUUUCUUCUUGAACAUCUUGCGUCAGAAGUCUGGUCGUUAUGUGUGUGUACAGCUUCUGCAGACCCUGAACAUCCUUUUUGAGAACAUCAGUCAUGAAACAUCACUGUACUACUUGUUGUCUAAUAACUAUGUAAAUUCUAUUAUUGUUCACAAAUUUGACUUUUCUGAUGAGGAGAUCAUGGCAUAUUACAUAUCGUUUUUGAAAACUCUUUCCCUGAAACUGAACAAUCAUACUGUACAUUUCUUUUAUAAUGAGCACACGAAUGACUUCGCUUUGUACACUGAAGCUAUCAAAUUUUUUAACCACCCAGAAAGCAUGGUCAGGAUUGCUGUUAGGACAAUAACAUUAAAUGUCUAUAAAGUGGACAACCAACCUAUGCUGCAUUACAUUAGAGAUAAAACUGCUGUCCCUUAUUUCUCAAACCUUGUUUGGUUUAUUGGAAGCCACGUGAUAGAACUGGAUAACUGUGUGCAGACUGAUGAAGAGCACAGAAAUAGAGGCAAACUGAGUGACCUGGUAGCAGAACAUCUUGAUCAUUUACAUUACCUUAAUGAUAUCCUUAUCAUUAACUGUGAAUUUUUAAAUGAUGUGCUGACAGACCACCUGCUGAAUCGGCUCUUUCUUCCCCUCUAUGUGUAUUCGUUAGUAAAUCAAGAUAAGGGUGGAGAGCGUCCAAAAAUAAGUCUCCAAGUUUCUCUUUAUCUUCUUUCUCAAGUUUUCCUAAUUAUACAUUAUGCCCCAUUGGUGAACUCAUUGGCUGAGGUCAUACUUAAUGGGGACCUCUCAGUGUUUUCUUCUAAAGUUGAACAAGAUGUUCAGAAAAACUCAGCAAGGUCAAGUAUUAGAUGUUUUAUAAAACCAACGGAAACACUUGAGAGGUCUCUUGAGAUCAACAAACAGAAGGGAAAGAAGAGGGUGCAGAAAAGACCCAACUAUAAAAAUGUUGGUGAAGAAGAUGAAGAGGAGAGAGGGUCUGAGGAUAACCAAGAUGACCUAGAGAAAACUAAAGCUACAGAAGCAAGUUCAAAGGGCAUCAGAACAAGCAGUGAAAGUGAAGAAAUAGAGAUGGUAAUCAUGGAGAGGUGCAAAAUGUCAGAAUUGUCUAUCUCUACUGUGACAGAACAGAAUACAACAGAUGAAGAAAAGAGUGCAGCUGCAUCUGGGAGUGAGAUAACGAGCUGGAACAGGCCUUUUCUUGAUAUGGUCUACAAUGCACUGGACUGUGCUGAAGAUGACUACUAUGCCCUCUUUGUGCUCUGUCUUUUAUAUGCAAUGUCACACAACAAAGGAAUUGACCCAGUCAAGCUGGAGAGAAUUCAACUUCCAGCUCAACAUGCUGAAGAGAGAAAUUCAUAUAAUCAUGUACUUGCAGAGGGGCUCAUCAGAAUAAUGAAUUAUGCUGCACAACCAGAUGGAAAAAUCCGUUUGGCAACUUUAGAACUUGGCUGCCUGUUGCUGAAGCAGCUUGUGUUCUCUAAAAAUGGCAGCAUUGUAAAAGAUGUCCACCUUGCUUGCCUUGAGGGUGCAAGGGAAGAAAGUGUUCAUCUCCUUCGCCGCUUCUAUAAGGGAGAAGAAAUUUUUCUGGAUAUGUUUGAAGAUGAAUACCGGAGUAUGACGAUGAAACCCAUGAAUGUAGAGUAUUUGAUGAUGGAUGCUUCAAUCUUGUUGCCUCCAACGGGAACACCACUGACUGGUAUUGAUUUUGUGAAAAGAUUGCCUUGUGGAGAUGUGGAGAGAACACGAAGAGCAAUCAGAGUUUUCUUUAUGCUCCGGUCGCUAUCACUGCACUUGCAAGGUGAGCCAGAAACUCAGUUACCCCUCACAAGGGAGGAAGAUCUGAUAAAGACGGAUGAUGUUCUAGACUUGAAUAACAGUGAUCUAAUUGCUUGUACAGUCAUAACAAGGGAUGGGGGGCAAGUUCAGAGAUUCCUGGCUGUGGAUAUUUACCAGAUGAGUUUGGUUGAACCGGAUGUUGCCAGACUUGGAUGGGGAGUAGUUAAGUUUGCAGGCCUUUUGCAGGAUAUGCAAGUGACAGGAGUAGAGGAUGACAGUAGAGCUCUGAAUAUAAUAAUUCAUAAGCCUGCUUCCAGUCCUCAUUCUAAGCCCUUCCCUAUCCUUCAAGCUACGUUUAUUUUUUCUGAUCACAUUCGCUGCAUUAUUGCAAAACAGCGUCUUGCAAAAGGCCGUAUCCAAGCUCGGCGUAUGAAAAUGCAGAGAAUAGCAGCUCUCCUGGAUCUUCCUGUUCAGCCUUCAACUGAAGUUGCUCUGGGUUUUGGACACAGCUCUGCAGCUACAGCCCAGCACCUUCCAUUUAGAUUUUAUGAUCAGUCACGCCGUGGUAGCAGUGACCCCACCGUGCAACGCUCUGUUUUUGCAUCUGUUGACAAAGUUCCAGGCUUUGCUGUAGCCCAGUGCAUAAAUCAGCACAAUCCAUCACCACUCUCAUCACCAUCACCUUCCAGUGGCAGCACGGGGCACUGUGAUUCAGUGACUGCCAGCUCAACAUCCACUCCUUCUGCUUCACAGAGCCCGUCAGGUCUGGCAGGAAAGGACGUCGGCGGGUGUUUAGUCUGUCGGAGGCUGACAGUCACGGUGGACACUGGGUUUAGGUCUUCAAGCAGCAGCUGCAACAGAAACUCACGCAAUAUCAAUUCAGAUGAUGCUUCAGCUCCAGAGCAGCCUCAGAUGACCAUUUCUGGUCAGAUGAUCUUUUCUGGUCAGACAGUGUUGACUGAUGUAACUCUUUCAGCAUCCUCAAAGUCUAGCAAGAAUACUGUAAAAAGCAGUGACAUAGAAACAGCAAACCUGUCUCCUAGCCUGAUUCCUGCACAGCAGCCCACAAUAUCAUUAAUAACACGUGACAAUACAGAUGCACUGAGUGUAGAGUCGCUUACACUGGUGCCACCAGUUGAUCCACACAGUCUUCGAACAUUCAGCUGCAUUCCUCAGUCCUCUUUGCAAUCUGAAGUUGAAGUUUGCAGCGUAAAAGAGGUGGAGGAAGAAUGUCCUGACUGAAGUCAACCUACACACUGUGAUAAACCGUGAAGCAAAUGCAACCAAAUACUUCGUUGUUUUUCCUUUGGGAGUGCAGAUACUUCUUGAUGCCUGAGAGGACAUAUGGUCCACCAGAAGACACCCAUUGAUGAAAGAGAAUGUGGGCAGCUUUAGGAGUAAACAUUAGAUGCUCAGAAUAUUUAAACUGGAGAAGAAAAAAAAAAAAAAACACAAAAACAAACUACUUUUUAAUCUGGACCAGUUGUUUCCUAGCAAUUUCUGUUAAAAAAGAACAUGAAAGUAUUUCAGAGCACUUCCUUUCUUUCUGUAGUAGAGUUCCAGCUGCAGGAACAAAGUUAAUUGUAUAAAGUCUACAGUAUUAUGGUAAAGUGAAGAAAUUUUUUGAUACCUAGCUUCAGGAUAUUGUAUCAUUACUUCUCUGAAACUGGAGACAUAACAUUGACCAGAAAAAAAAUGUCUUGUGGUACAGAGAUAACAUUUCCGUUUGAGACAUGGUAUGUUUUUCGGUUUGUUUUUUUGUUGCUGGGGGGGGGUGGUUGUUUGUUUUUAAAUCCUGACCUCCUUCAUCUUUUGGAUGUCUGCAUGAUACCAGCAGGCUUGGCCACUUUCAGUGUUGUCUUCAUAGGACUCCACACUUCAGCGUUGUGUUUUCCAUGUGUAAUAUUUAUGUCAAGGUUUGAUUCAAAGCAGUGAUAUAUAUAUAUAUAUAUAAAAUGUAAAGGUAAAAGCUUGAAAUUUAAUGACAAAUGCUUAUUCAAAUUAACAUAAGGGAUUUUUGAGACUACUUUAGACUUUGCUUAGCCAGCUACAGAGGAGUGUGAAAUAUUUUUAAGAGAUUGCUAUAGAUUGUUUGUUCACUUCCUAUAGUCAAAUUGCUGCACAUCUGAGGAAUGAUGAUUUCCUUUCUACUGAAGGACAACUUCUAGAAGCACACAGAAGCAGUUUUACUCUAAGGAGCUUUUUAAAUAUGUCAUCUUCAUGUAGGAAGAAGGUCUCCACAUCUAAGUGAUAAUUCCUUUGCAAGUCUGAAACUCAAAAGGUAUUGUGUAGGUUUUUUCUGUCUGGGGUAGUAUCACAGUUAAACAACGUUGCUACAUAUAAGUGAAUCUGAGUGUAUGCUUACCUUACUUUGCUUCCCAGAUUGUGAUACCAAGUUGACAGAAAGUACUGGAAAAGUGCUGGUUAAAGUUUAGAAUGUUGUUUACUGAUUUCAUAUGUAAUUUAACAUGAAUAGAAUUUAAGAUUUCUCAUCAAUUUUCAUUUGUGUUAAUUUAAAUUAAUAGUAAAAUGAGCAGAUUGUAAUUACUGGUCUUCAUAUAACAUUGAGUGCUUUCUGGCUCUCAAAGACUGAAGCUUGCUAUUUACUUGGUAUUGUGAUUUCAGUCAUCAGUGCAAUCUGUUCCCUCAUUCUGUCUCUAAAUUUAUGUCAUAUCAAGAAGGAGAAUCUGAAAAGUUUUUACCUACUUCUCAGCCUUUUAUUGUACCUCUUCUUGGCUGUCAGAUGGAAUUCGUGAAGUGAUUUUAAAUGUUGUAUUUAUAUACAAGAUUUAAUCCACAAGUAUAACUUUGCUUGCUUUUCCCAUCUUUUUCUUCUUGUAAUAACUUAAUCCUUGUAAAACAUGUAUACAAGGAGUCUGCCAUUAAGCACCAGAAAUUUUAUUUUUUCUCUUAUUGUGUGCAGUUUUAUGAUUUCCAGUGUUCUGUGGCUUCUGCUUAGUCUCAGGUUUGAGUUAACAAAUAUUCUGACCAUUCCAGAAUGGCCCAAACUCUAAAUUAACUCUGAGAGUUAGGUGUUCUCAGCACUGCUAUGGGUGUGGGGUGGGAGUUUGGCAUUGGUGGAGUAAGAUCCUACCCUUUUUUUCUGGUCGUACGCUUAGGGUGGAUUUACAUGGAAGUCACUGUUCUGGCUAACUUAUGUGUACCUCAACAACCUAGGCACUGGCAGCAGUUGGGGUGCAGGGACCACAUAUAUUUUUAUUAGCUGAACUGAUGGCAGUCUUAACCUCUUCUGCUAUAUUGCAGCAUUGCACUGUAGCAAUAUUCUGAAGAUCAUUAUGAAAAAUGAUGGCAUACUUAAUUUGAAAGCAUUUUAUGUUAGUUGUUAUUCUUAACUCUUGACUUAGAUUACACAAGAUGCCAUCGUGCAGGCUGAAUUCCCUUAAAUAGACUUAGUUUUAGACAGGAAAACAUUGAUCUUUAUUUAUCUAAUUUCAAAUUAAAUUCUCACAAGAUUUAGGAUCAUGCACAAGGAGUCCCUUUGAUGGAUAUGCAUCAUUUCACCCUUGAGGCAUGCUGCACAAGAAGUGGGACAAAGGGGAAGAAAGCUGACUUUGUGCUUUUCAUUGCCUUUGAGUGGCUUAGAAAUCUCAUGACCAGUUGUUUGUUUAAGAGUGUCACAGGAAAUGACAGAGAGAUUCUAUUAUUAGGAAAAUAAAAGACUAGGUCUACCAUCUAGUCUGCUGCUGGCAGAGCCUAGCUAGUCAGGGGUUGGCAAGGUGUGUAUCUUCUUAGCAGUUCUAUCAAAGGUUCUCUGUGAAGAUGGAAUUACACUAGGAGAGCUCUAACAGCACUAGCUCUAUCAGUCUUGUGUUAUGUAAAUGCAACAGCUGGCACAGACCAACCUUAGUCUCUGAAUGGCUACACCACAGAAGCUAUUGAUUUUUUACUUGUUUGCUUCUAAUAUUAAGGCAUAUACAUAUACAGUUUGACUGUCCUGCAUUAGGAGACUUCAGAAUAUAAAAGCUCUGAAGAUGCUGAAAUAAUCUGUCAUUGGCAGUCUUUUAUCUCUGCAACUAUGGUGUUACUUAUCUACAAUUCCUUGAAGGGUAUCUUAUCUAUCUCUCCCUUAUCAGAAAAACUCAAGGUCUGUUUCCUUAUCCCCCUUUCACUGUAAAAAGGAAGCUCAACCAAGAAAGCAUUAGCACAUCAGCCAUAACUGUAAUUUUUUUUCUAAACAAAAGUUGAUUUGAGUCAGUGUAACAUUACCUUUUCUAAGCAAAUCUGAGCACAAAGUUGUAAGUGAGAGCAGUAGCUCAGUAAUUGGUCGUUGAAAAGAUUAUUUCAGUGUAAUACAGCAGAGGGGAGGUAGAAUCACUCUAAAGUAAAUAUAGCAAUGUUCCAGAACAAAAUACCAAAAUUUUGGAGAGGUGCUGAGUACUCACUGUUUGCUUGCAAAGGCUGUUUCUGUCUUCAGCCAUAUUCUGUUAAGUUAGAGCAGUUCUAUUAUCUUUCUGAGAAGCGAAGCGAAAGAAGCGAAGGCAUGGUGAAUGAUAUGCUGCUAUUUUAUGAUCUGUAUGUCUUGUUUUAUCAAAUUUUACCAAGAUAUUAUUCGUUUAACAGAACUGUGUGUUGCCAUCACUAUUAGGUCUUGCAGGUCCCCUUUGCUUUUCUGUCACCCAGUGUAUGACGGUGAACAAGACCUGAGCUUUUCAUUUGUGAAGAUGAUAAUGGCAGCAGACACUUGGUUGUUUGGUAAGGAAGGGGAGAGAGGAAAAAUUAGUGUCCAGUUCCAACGUCUGCUUCACCAUGGAAGUAAUGCUCACAGUUUAAAAUUUGUGUACAGAAAUGAAUUGCUUUGCGGAAAUUCUUUGAUACAGAAAUGAACCAAACAUUAAGCUUCCUUCGCUUCAUUUUACAAAGGUAUGUGGGUUAAACCAAAUUCAUUAGAAAUGUGGUCACAUAUAUUAAUAUUAAAAGCUGGUUUCUGUGUGUGAAGUCACAAAUUGUAUACAAUGUGAAGAUUGAGCUCAUUUAUAUUGUCCACUGCAAAUUCAUGAUAAACUAAAAUUCUGACUUGACUUCCUUAAAUAAGGCUGAGUUUAAAAAAAAUUACACCCCUUAAAGAAGCUCCUGAACGUUCUUCGCUUUGCAACACAGUUGGAAUUUUCCUUGUAGUCAGUUGGUGAGGAAAAAUUGGAAAUACCUUCCAGAACUGGUUUAUUCUUUCACAGUUGCUAAAGGACAGGUAUGUGACAUUUAAAAACUCUUCUUCCCUACUCAGAAUUUAAGACUCCGGUCUAGAUCAACAUUCAGGCUUUAAGUCAAUGUCAAGUGAUUCGUAUGAACCCGUUACCCAAUAGAGACAGAAUAAGGAGGAAGUAGUGUUCCUUUGUGGAUUUGAAGUAUUCUUUUGUGUAAAAUUUUAGCUGAUUGCUAAAAUAGUUUGUUUAUAGCAAAAUAAGCAGUAUUUAGCGUUGAAAUUACUGUGAUUUUUUUUUUUUUUUUAAUUAAACAAAUGUCCUAGGAUGAUGACUUUGAGCAGUCUAGGAAUCCAAUAAAAGGACAUUCAAUUGCAGGGCAAUUAGUAGCAGUAAAUGUAAGUGUAAAACUGUAUGCUUAAAGACAUAGGUAAGCUAUCAGGCAAGCAGGUGUAAGUAUGAAACCAUUUCAUAGCAGUAAACAUUUUAAUUGCAUGGUGCUGUGACUGAUCAAACUGACUCUUCACUGCAGAUAUUAUAGGUAAAUAACUAAAGAAUAGCCUAAUGAAUAGUUUAACUAACCUGCACAUAGUACUCUUCAAAAGAAAAACCCCACCCUGCUAAACAUUCUGAUCUUGUCUUCACUAACCAAUUCAAGUUAAAUGGGGAGUUGUUUUUAAAAGAGCAGCUGUCGUAUAGUAGAGGAGCGACAUUGUCCUGUUUUAGUCCUAUAGUUGAGUCAAAGGUUUGCCAAGAGACAUCAGAUGAGGGCAUCAGUGAGAUCUAGGCAUUUUGCCUCAAAGAUAAUUAGUCUUCUUGAUGAGUCUCCUGCUUAUUUUCAAACACCCUGAUGUUAGACAUCUAAAUAUAUGUUGAAAAUUUUCUUCCUGUUACUGUCGUUCUUCCUGAAAGAGGAUUUUGGUACAUCACUGUUUAACCAUCACUGAACUAUCCUAGCAUAUCACUAACCCGGACACUGCACUUCUCUUCCCUUGAAGUCUUUGGAAUGGUUCUCCUGUGCUUGCCUGCUCUGUUGCUCUUACCUUUCCCAAUAUUUGCAGCAUUAAUUAGAACGUAUAACUGUUAUUGUCUCAUGUUGGCUUCUGCAAAGCAGAUGCUAAUCCCAGCACAGCUUGCUAGGGUGGGAUAUUUUUAAGGAGUGGGAUGGGGGAAGUGCUUGGGGUUAUUUUCUGCUGCUCGGAAUUUUUUGAGCAGGAAUAAAGACAUGGAAGAUGCAGUUCUGGACUGAGCUUCAAACAGAAAGUUCUUUCAUAUGGAAAUGUAUUUUUAUAUUACUUUUGUACAGAAUUUUCCCUAUUUUGAUCUCCUAAAAUUUUUAGAUUUGCGCAUUGCUCGAAUUUGGUUUCUUUUGCAAUAUGUUAUGUGUAUUUCAUGUUUGUUAAUGUAUUAUAAAUGUACAGCUAAAUUUUUGUUGUCUAAUAAAUGUGCACUGUGGUGGUAUUUGGUUUGGUUUUUUGCUAACUUAAAUUCCUUGGUUCUUAUGAAAAGAAAAACGUGGGUCAUUGUAACUAUCUUGUUAGCAUAAACGUAUGGAGUGCAUUUAUUUAAAAGAAUAACUAAAAAGGGCUUAAGAAGCAGGUAAUGCCUAAGAAUACUUGUGCCUGACAAAAUAAAUAGUGUUCUCAGGAUUCUUUCAAGUUUCUGGUCUUAAAAUACAUGAGAUUUUUUUUUUCACCUUUGUCUCCAUUACUUCUGGUUAUGGGUGCUUGUGCUAAAGUGAGUUUACAACAUAGUAAUUGCAAGCUGAUCACGUGGGUAUCUCAGGAGAUAAGGUCUGAGGUUUUGUGUUUGGGAGUAUUUAAGGGCUAGCUGUGGCAGAAAUAUUUAGAACGAACAUUACAAUAAUUUUGAAAAGGAUUGAGAAUAGAUUCAAGUGUGCAAAUGUGCAGGCUAAUUAGAAUUUCUAGGAGCUUUGUUUCACAGUGCAUAGCACAGAACAGAACAUUGUGUUACAACUCUUGGGGACCUACUGGAAGCAUUUUAAUCUUUAGGGAUAAUUUCAGGCACCUCCACUUGUGAAUAGGUGUAUUGAUAUUUUUGUUGCAAAAUUGUUACUCCGUUUUGGGCAGUUUUGCAAGUUUGAUUGUUUUAAGUGCAAAGAGGAGGAAAUGUAUUUUUCUAGAAGAAUGAAUGUACUUGGGAUUUGAACACUACAUAAAGCAUUUAAUGAACAUGAGGGACACUCCUUCUAUGAAAUAUAUUUCAAUAAAGUUGUGUCUGGAAUGUACUUCAGUUGGAAAAAAAAGAAUUCUCAAUGUGCACUUACAUUUACAUGGGAAAAACCCCAAAGACAGGGUGAAUUGAAUUCCGAAAUGUCUUUCUACGGGCAAUAAGUAUUAAUUAUUUAAUCUAAGUUAUGUUAGACGUUUAGAGUAUAUGUGACAAUAUCUUAUCUUAAAUUAAAGGCAAAUGUAAAUAAGUGUCUGGGAAGGGAGUGAAAUGAGAAAAUAUUGGUGUAUGUUUCUGAAAUCCAGAUUUCUAUAGCUGAGUCUACUUGUUGGCAUUAAUUGUGUGUCAUGGCUGUUGAACACUGGACGAGAAUGAACAAUAGACCUUUCUUUGUAAAUGGAACUUAGCAAUAAAAAUGGUGUUACUAUGAAAA